UGACUACUGCUAAAAGGCUCACAAGAGGUACAAAGAGUUCAUCAUCAUGACAGGAACGGUUGUGUCGUUUGAAGGGAUACUCUUCCCAAGCCUGCAUUACUCACCUGAAAUCCUGAGAGAGGUGCAGGAGAGUUUUAUUAUUAAAGAUGAAGACGUCUUACUGCUGACUUUCCCCAAAUCAGGAACAAGCUGGUUGGUUGAAACUGUCUGCCUGAUUUACUCCAAGGGGGAUACCAAGUGGAUCCAAUCUGAGCCCAUUUGGGACCGCUCCCCCUGGGUAGAGACUAAGUAUGGGUGUGAAUUACUAAAGGAGAAGGAAGGCCCACGUCUCAUCAGUUCUCACCUCCCCAUCCAACUCUUCCCCAAGUCUUUCUUCAAAUCCAAGGCCAAGAUGAUCUACCUCAUCAGAAAUCCCAGAGAUGUUUUAGUGUCUGGUUAUUUUUUCUGGAGGAGUGCAAAAUUUGUUAAGAGACCACAGUCACUGGAACAAUACUUUGACUGGUUCAUCCAAGGAAAAGGCUACUCUUUCAGAAAAAGAGCAACAAGACUUCCCUGGUGGUCCAGUGGUUCUGAAUCUGCCUGCCAAGUGGUAUUUGGAUCAUGGUUCAACCACACUCGGGACUGGAUGUCCAUGAGAGACAAGGAGAACUUCCUGAUACUGAGCUAUGAAGAGAUGAAAUGGGACACAAGGAGCACUGUGGAGAAGAUCUGCCAAUUCCUGAGCAAGAAACUAGAACCAGAAGAACUGGACUCAGUCCUCAGAAACAGUUCUUUCCAGGCCAUGAAAGAAAACAAUAUGUCCAAUUUGCCCCUUCUGAAGGGUCGGUAUUUUGAGGAGAAUGGACAGCUUUUGAGAAAAGGUGUGACUGGGGACUGGAAAAAUUACUUCACGGUGGCCCAAGCUGAAAUUUUUGAUAAACUAUUCCAGGAGAAGAUGGCAGACCUUCCUCAAGAUCUGUUCCCAUGGAAAUAAUGAUCUAAAACUUCUGGAACUUAUAUGGACAAUGAUAAUUGCUCUCCUGUCCUCGUAUAUGUGAAGGACUGGAAGUAAUUGCAUAAAACCUGUUAUUUCAUCCUGGUGCUUCAAUUGAUCCAAUCUCUGUAUCUUUGGGGACCUGACUAUUAAAAUUAUCAGGGUACCCCUAUUUCACUUCUUGGUAUCCCAGCUUUCAAAAAACUGUUAUACUGUUUGAUUUCAUUCAUACAGAGUGGUCAAGAAAUAAUAUAAGUAUCAUUGUUGUUGUUCAGUCAUUAAAUCAUGUGACCACAUGAA